AUGAAUGAUUUAUGUCCAACAAAUGCUCCAAAACGAUGCGCCGAAUGUAAAGAACUAUAUCAUAUUCGUAAACGUUGUCCAAAAUUAAUAUCAUUAACAAAUGAAAAAGAAAGAUUAAAACGAGUAAUCGUUCCCGAACAACAACAACAACAAAUAUUAAUAAACAACCAAUAUGAAUCAUAUUCAAAUAUUUCUACUAAUAAUUCUCAAUAUUCUUUAUAUUCACAAUAUUAUUAUCUACCAAAUGAAUAUCAAUAUCCAUAUCAGAUAGGAUCUCAUCAACGUAUUUGGACACAGCCAUAUUCAAAUGAACGACCAUUAAUUUAUUCAAAUUUUCCAUAUCAAUUAAAUCAGCAACAACAAACAAAUAAUUCUAAUCGUUUAUUUUAUUCAAAUAAUCAACGACGAAAAUGUUUUAUAUGUGGAAGUCCAAAUCAUUUAAAAGCCCAAUGUUCACAAUUUCCAACAAAUACUCUUCAACGAUAG